GGCGUGACAGGGUGCGUAGGUUGGACAGGCAAACCGGCCGGUUGGUUGGCCUGGGCAUCUGGAGCUUGGUGUAUCCACCCCUUUCUUGCGUCUCAUUCCAGGUGUUUGCAACAUCUGGAACCUUGAUGGGCAUCUGAGUCAAGACAGAGACCUCAACAGUUGAUCCAAAUAUCUACCAUCGAGCUGGUCGCACGCGAGGCAAAGCGUCUGUUUUCAUUCGUUACCUGUUCUCUUUCAUUCGUUAGACAUUGGACAGUAUCAAGCCAAACGACAUCAGCGACGAACCCAUCACCAGCCGGUGAAACAAACAUCAACCGGGAGGCUACAGCGAUAUCGACAGCGUGUAAUUGAUUGCCGGGUAUCUCGCCCGCCACAGACACACGGUGACCGGGGUCUGAGAAGCGUAGCACCGCGCUUGGGUAACACGAACUUCUGCCCUCGAGACCUUCUCUUAUUGUCUCCACGUCACUUCUGUGCUUCGUCUUCAGCCAGCGAAAGCUCUACCACCUUCGGCAUUCCAUCUAAAUUUCGAAGGGUCACGAUCCUAUAUCGCAGUGUACUCGAGCUCGAUUGCAUAGCUGUCCAAGGUCGUUCUUUGUUGUUCUCGGUGGCGGCUUGUCAAACGGCACAGAGGGAGACGACUAGAGAAAUCUGUGGACAAGACCAUCCGGAGUUCCAGCAUAAAUUGCCUUGGGUUUAAGGCAACGCAAAAUAGACGACAAGAAAGAGGCGAAUUGAGACGAGGGAGCGAGACUCCAGGAGAAGUUCUUGCAGAAUUGGAGACGCGUCGUCCCUGUCCCUGUCAUCCCGGGUUUGGGAGUGUCGUGUCCAGUUUGGUGUUACACGAAAGACUCUGCUCGAUUUUCGGCUCCGGCCGCCACACAAGCAUCUCGCAAGCUCUCAGCAAGCAACAGCGGCACUGGCAGUGUCAGCAACAGCAACAGCACCUCAACAGCCAGCGGCAAGUAGUACCUUAGCUUACUGAGCACCAACGCAGGGCGAGCAGCAAAUAAACGACGGGAGAGACCUGAGUGUGUUGCUUGGAGACUUGCAUCACGCAUUUGCCCAUUUCCCCCGCCAAUUCCCCCCACGCCUGCGCGACCGGACUGGGCCAUUACAUUUCGGGAGAGAAUUUUCGAGGUGCCUACCUGCCUUGCCUGUACAGGUUUCAGGGAGAGGAAGGAGCCGACUGGCUGACGUACAACGGACUCUGUGCCUGCCCCUUCAAGUUUCCACAGAUACGCUUUCCAGUUCCUGCUCUUUCUGCAAGGCACCUUGACCACACGUCACCUUCCUUUUACCAACAGACCGAAGGUGUAGAGGAAGGUGUGCAUCAGACUGAGCCCAAGGCUGCUUCCCUCUUCUGCGAAAGUACUUACUUUCUUGCCUUCAAACUUCCCGGAGUCCUUCCUCACCAAAACGGUGAACCGAGAAAGGGAAGGAGACGAUCUGAUACCUGAACCCUGCAGUUACCAGCCAGUUCCUCCCUCUUUCUGAGACGUUCUCGCCCCAGCUGGAGUAGUUGGUUCACGUUCCCUCCGCUUAGACGACAGUGCUCAGCUGCCUUGCAUCAAUUCGACGCACCCGGCACGCAUCUACAUUCUCUCACCCCAACAGAAGGAACCUGGCACACCUGCACGCCUGGAACUGCAAAGAACAAGGAGAAGGCUCAAUCGUACCUUAGGUAUUGCACUUGCACUUGCACUUUCUUGAUCUUACCAUAAGGCAAGGGGCCUUACCUUACCUGGGUCCAACCCCUUCCUCUUUAUCCUUCCGUCCUGUACUUUACGGAUAGUCCUGCGGUCUUUCCCCUUUCCCACCGAACCUGGCUGGGAUCGGGUACCUGCUCCUUCCCAAGCACCUGCAGCAAACACGUCCCCGGAACGCGGUGGUCACUCUUUAAUAUCGACAUUCGGCACCUACCUCACUUCUUCAAGCUUUCUCUUUUACACCGUUACCUUUCGAACCGUCUUUCUAGAGACGAAAAAAAAAGGCAAUCUAGAUCUUGCUUCGACUUGCAUCAUUCGGUCUCCUGCCGGCUUGCAUCAUCCAUCCUACCUCUCCAUCGCCAACUGAACUUUAAACUUCACCUGGAAGCAACCAUCGAAACGCACUUCUGCCCGCGCAGGUCCACUCUACGCACGACGCCGCAGCCCUCUUCCAUCGUCACCCUUGUUUCCUGAGCUCGCUUCCUCCUGCAAGCUGCAAGCUCUUUGCUGGAUAGAAAACUAAAACUUGGGGAAGGAAACGAAACAGAACUCCGUCUGGCAGGCAGCCCUUCCCGUCUUCCCCGUCUUGCACCAUCCCUGUUGAGGCACGCUCCCCAAAGGCCUGGACAUCAGAUCACCCACAGCUCCAUCCAUCCAUCCCUGGCCAAAGCUCCCCCGGUAUCCCUCUCAUCAUACACCCGUCACUUGUCUCUCCCCCAGCAUCUCGCAAUCUUCUCAACUUUCAUUUGUCGGGAACACCAGCUAGCCGCCUCUCGAUUUUUGGUGAAUCCAUCAACUACCUAAUCCGUCCACCCCCUCGAGCUCUCUCUAGUCGGUAUUCGGUCGUCUUGCGGAUCUACGGGUGCUCCACACGUCCUCAACACCGUCUGCCGCAAUGGCGUCCCUCGAAGAGCUUCUCGAUAGCCUCCACUACCUCUAUCCGGCAUUGGCCUUCGCCUAUUUUGCAAUUGCUUCCGCUGUUGCUGUGUGCACUCUUCAGACUUUGCGGGCAGCCAAUAACCCAGGCAAAGAGUUCAUCCCUCGGUCAUGGAUCCUCAACCUUAUCGUUGCCUUUGUCCUUACCUACGUCGCCCAGAUUGCCGUCAUCGCCAUUCAGUCCAUCGUCCUUCAAGAAUGGAUUGGCCAGGAACAUGAGGUUAUUGGCUUGCUUUCCUGCAUUCUUGUCUUUGGUACUCAAUUGGCCUUCCUUUCCGACACAGAACACCCUGUGUGGACACCGUACUGGGGCUCAUGGCUCAUUUCCUUGGUUUUCGAGCCCAUGAUUGGAGUGCCAGAUCUCAUUAUCAGACGCUCCAGCACUUUCGAGCACUGCCGCAUCGCUCACCUUGUCUUUGCUGGUCUCCGCUACUAUCUUCUUCUUACCAUUGUUUCCAUCUACGUUGUUCAGCGUAUCCGAGCCAGCCAGGAAGAAGCGACAGACGAAGAACGGCAGUCUCUUCUCGGUCAAGAUGGCCCAAAGUCCCGAUUGAGCAGCUCAGGAAACGGGAGCCAGAGCUCUACUUCUACGUACGGAACGACAAGUGAUCCACCAGAGUCGUACUGGGCCGAACGCCAGCGAAAGGCACAGGAGGAGAUGGAGAAGCGCCUUCAGGAAGAGGGCAACUGGCUGACGUACAUUAAGGGAUUCGGCAUUUUGUUUCCCUACAUCUGGCCUGUCGGACAGAAAUCCCUGCAAUUACGCCUUGUCCUUGUUGGCCUCUGUCUGCUCGCCGGCAACGCUCUCAACCUCUUGAUCCCGCGUCAAUUCGGUAUCAUUGUCGAUGAGCUCAAGGACAAGAAUUUCAGCAGUGCCUGGUACGGAGUUGCGAUCUACGGUCUGCUCAGAAUCGCUGCUUCUGACGCCGGUAUUGAGUUUCUGCGAGAAUGGCUCUACCUUCCUCUUGAGGUAUACGCCGAUGGGGCUCUGAGCACAGCAGCAUACCGACACAUCUUGAACCUCUCAGCCGACUUCCACGAUUCAAAGAGCACAUCUGACAUCAGCCUGGCCAUGUAUGGCGGGUCAAGUGUAUCCGAUCUCCUGGAGUCUAUCUGUUUCCAAGCACUUCCCAUGCUGAUCGACCUUGUCGUUGCCAUUGUUUACCUCUCGGUGAUCUUGGGGCCCUACGAAGGUCUCAUCACCCUGGCGACCAGCACACUUUUCUUGUUCAUCGCUACGAAGAUGAUUGCUGUGAUGAAGGAACGCAGACGGGCCCACGUGAACGCCCAGUACGCCGAGCACUACGUACGCCAGACUGGAAUCACGGGUUGGCAUACGGUUGCAUCCUUCAAUCAGACGACGUAUGAAGAUGUGCGCUACUCCAACGCAAUUCACACCCGCAUCAACUGGACUAAGCGUGUACGUCUCGGGUGGUUUACUGCGCAAGCAUUCCAGUCUCUGGUUCUCCUCUGUGGUUUGUUGGCCGGCGCGAUUCUGGCUGUGUACAGGAUCAAAAACAGCAAGGCCACCCCUGGUGACUUGACAAUGCUCUUGAUGUACUGGGCUCAACUCACGUCUCCACUGCGGUUCAUGGCCAGCCUCGGAAAGAAGAUUGGAAGCGAUUUGAUCGACGCCGAGCGACUGUUGGACAUUAUGAAGAAGGAGCCAACAAUUGUGAACAAGAAGGGGGCCCGUCCCCUGAAGCUUGUUGGUGGCAACGUCAAUUUCAAUGAUGUGAGCUUCACCUAUGAUUCCAAGAAGAAGAUCAUCAACAGCAUCUCUCUUUCUGUUCCCGGCGGCCAGACGGUGGCCUUUGUUGGUGCUACUGGUGCCGGCAAGUCCACCAUGUUGAAGCUACUCAACCGUUUCUACGACGCCAGCGAGGGAUCCAUCUUGAUUGAUGGACAGGAUGUGCGUGACGUUGACUUGCACAGUCUCCGUGACCGCAUUGGCUUGGUGCCACAGAAUCCUGUGCUCUUCGACGACACAAUCAUUAGCAACAUUCGGUAUGCGAGAAUCACCGCUUCUGACGACGAGGUCUUUGAAGCUUGCAAGGCUGCUUGCAUUCAUGAUAAGAUCAUGACUUUCACCGAUGGAUACAACACGCGAGUUGGUGAGAGGGGAAUCAAACUUUCCGGCGGCGAGCUCCAGCGUGUUGCUAUUGCCCGGGCAAUUCUCAAGCAGCCCGAGAUUGUGCUUCUGGACGAAGCGACAAGUUCAGUGGACACCGACACAGAGCAGAAGAUCCAGCAGUCAUUCAUGCAGCUCUGCAAGGGACGAACCACAUUUAUUGUCGCUCAUCGACUUUCAACCAUUAUGAACGCCGAUCGCAUUGUUGUCAUCGAGGAUGGUGAGGUUGUCGAGCAGGGCAAUCACGCUGAUCUCGUUACCGCUAAGGGAAGGUACGCAGACCUAUGGUCUAAGCAAACCUUCCUGAAGCCCAAGGAUGACGAAUCCGCCAUCAACAAGAAGUCGUCUGCAAGUGACACCGACGACUCCACGCUCGAUGGCACAUCGGAGACAGAUGCUUCUGCGUCCGAGGACACCCACACGACACCGACUCAGGCGAGCAAGGGAAACGAGGCUGUUCAGACUCCCGGUAAUCACAAGAAAGAGGUAGAGUCAGCUGAAGAUUCGUCUUUGGCAGAUUCUAACCACUAAUUGUGUAGGGAUCUCGAUUGAACCCCGUUGCACCCGAAUUCACGCCCAAGUCGACCCCCAUCACCAAAAUUUCUUUUCCAUCCCCCACUCGCCAGCCCGUCACAAACUCCGCGAAGCCACAUGUCUCACCCAUUCGACAGACUCCCAAGCGGGUUUUGAAUUGGGCGAGCGCGACUUCUUCGGAUGACGAUUCCUCCCCACGAUCCACUGUUGACACCACGACCAUUUCUGCCGGCGGCCGUGCUCAAGUAAGCUUUCUGUCUGGUAAGGUCCCCUUCAUGGUGUAUAAUUGCUCUCAAGGAAAGAUGUCUGACCGCGGUAUGGCGUUAGGUGCUCGACACGACAGUAGAGUACAAGACUCCGACAACGACUCAGUGGACACUGUCAUCAAGCUUGAGCCUCCCCUAUUCAGAACCCCUCACCCUACUGCCCGUCGCUAUAACGCCAUGAGCGAUUCGAAUGGACAAGCUUGUGGCGAUACUGAUGCGAUGGACCAAAGUGGCGAUGAUGCUGAUGGAUUCAUUGCUGUAAGAUUCUCACAGCCAUCCUUAGCCGAGCGAGAAACUAAUCGGCUGCAGGAGGUACGCCAUGUAUCUGCCCCGGUCUUGAAGUUGAAGACCGUCGCACCGGGCCAGGAUACUCGUGCUUCCCCAAUGACCAUCAUCGUAUCCAAAGACUUGAUCAACGACAAGCUGCCGACACCCGGCUCGACUAGCACUCCUGUCUGUCGCCACAAGGAGAAUGUGCCUGAGGGAUCUCACGGUCCGGUUACAAUCAAACCAACGACGCCAUCAUCUCCUCUCAAGGAGGUCACGCAGUCUAACUCAGCUGUAUCCUCGCUCGCUCGAGAUUCUCAGCAGUCCAACAACAAUCGUGGUCAGAGAAAGCGACACAACCGAGGCGGAGGCCGUGGGCGUGGCCGCCAUGGUCAUGCGAAACCCCCCGAUCAUGGCGCUCAUCAUUAGCUUUCAACAGCUUCUCAAUGAACCCCGCGCCGCACAUUAUCAGAUUUCUUUUGUUCGAGUUGGCACCGGUUCCAUGUACUAUUCUCGGCCCAACAAAUGGCUUGUUAGGUGCCACUUUCUACGGUAUUAUUUAGAGAACGGCGUCAGCGCAAGCUGGCUUGUCUAAAAAGACACGGAGGGGGCUACGUUUCAUAUCAUGAGAGUAUUUUGUUUCGCAUCAAAAGCAACCCAAAAUUGGCGAAGGAUCAGCUUCAUUAGAAUUGGUGGGCAAAAGCUUUAGAACAGACUGGGGGAUACUUGAGUUUAGAUUAGACUGGAUGUAUGGAUAAGAAGGGUCGAUAGCUUGGCCAACAUGCUCAGUUACC